GGGGCCCGGCGCCGCCGCGAGGUUAUUGUGGAGGUUGGCCCCACGGUGCUGCCUCUCGACUGGGGGCGCCGCUGCGGGUCCCGCAGAGCCCAGUGGGGGUCCGGGGGCGUGCUGAGUCUCCGCUCAGCUCUGUCCUCGGCUCCGGCCGGCGACUUCACCCUCCCGCGCCGCCCCUCCCCCACGCGCAGCAACGGCGCGCGCCACCGACCCCGCGUGCACGCGCGGCUGGCAGGCGGGCGCCGGGCGUUGAGGCGUGUGCGAGGCGUGAGGUGGAGAUGGGGGCGGAGGGAGCCGGAGCUGUCACAGGCCCCGGGUCCGCCUGACCAAGCCAAGUGGGGUGUCAUGGCCGCGGGGGGCAGCGGCUGCACUUCCUCUGCGGGCGGCGGCGGCGGCGGCGGCCGGGGAGUUAAUCCUCGACGCUCGGGUCGGUCCCGUUUCCCUCUGUGCGGCGGCCGGCGGGACUAUAAGGGCUUAACUCAUAUAUUUAACCCCCCUCCAAAAAGGUUUGAAAGUAUUCUUGAAGGGCUGUUUGGACCUGCAUUAUUAAAAGAUCUCAGUUUAUUUAAAGACUGUGAACCUGAAGGCAUUUCUGAUUGGACUUUUGAUGAAAAUUGUUUAUUCUGUUGCUUGGGAAGAGAUAAAGUAAAGGGACACUUAGUCGGUCUGGAUGAACCAGCUUCGGGAGCUGGGCAAGAAGCUCUGCUUAAACAAGAGCAAGCAAAAAUCAUUCGAUUCGAGAGACAAGCAGAAGAGUUCCUCAAUGCAGUCUUUUAUAGAAAAGACAGUCCCUGGGUCUCCGACCCCAAUAUUCCCCUAGUGGCCCGUGAGAUCAUGCAGCGAAUGAUCCAACAAUUUGCUGCUGAAUAUACCUCAAAAAAUAGCUCUACUCAGGACCCCAGCCAGCCCAAUAGCACAAAGAACCAAAGCCUGCCGAAAGCAUCUCCAGUCGCCACCUCUCCCACGGCUGCAACUACUCAGAACCCUGUGCUCAGCAAGCUUCUCAUGGCUGACCAAGACUCACCUCUGGACCUUACUGUCAGAAAGUCUCAGUCAGAACCUAGUGAACAAGACGGUGUACUUGAUCUAUCCACUAAGAAAAGUCCAUGUGCUGGCAGCACUUCCCUGAGCCAUUCUCCAGGCUGCUCCAGUACUCAAGGGAACGGGCGACCUGGGAGACCCAGCCAGUACCGCCCAGACGGACUUCGGAGUGGUGAUGGGGUACCUCCAAGAAGCUUACAGGAUGGAACCAGGGAAGGUUUUGGACACUCCACAUCACUCAAAGUUCCAUUGGCUCGAUCCCUGCAGAUUAGUGAAGAACUACUGAGCAGAAACCAAUUGUCCACAGCUGCCAGCCUUGGGCCAUCUGGAUUACAGAAUCAUGGACAACACUUAAUAUUAUCCAGGGAAGCCUCUUGGGCAAAACCACAUUAUGAGUUCAACCUCAGCCGUAUGAAGUUCAGGGGAAAUGGUGCACUCAGCAACAUCAGUGACCUUCCUUUUCUUGCAGAAAACUCUGCCUUUCCAAAAAUGGCACUUCAAACAAAACAAGAUGGAAAAAAGGAUGUGAGCCAUUCAUCUCCUGUAGAUUUAAAGAUACCACAAGUUCGAGGAAUGGAUCUUUCUUGGGAGUCUCGCACUGGUGAUCAGUACAGCUAUAGCUCUUUGGUAAUGGGUUCACAAACGGAGAGCGCGCUUAGUAAAAAAUUGAGGGCUAUUCUUCCAAAACAAAAUAGAAAAAGCAUGUUAGAUGCUGGACCCGAUUCUUGGGGCUCAGAUGCUGAGCAGUCUACCUCUGGACAGCCAUAUCCCACCUCGGAUCAAGAAGGAGACCCUGGCUCCAAGCAGCCUCGGAAGAAAAGAGGGCGUUACAGACAGUACAACAGUGAGAUACUGGAGGAAGCAAUCUCAGUGGUUAUGAGUGGAAAAAUGAGUGUUUCCAAAGCUCAGAGUAUUUAUGGGAUUCCCCACAGUACACUGGAGUACAAAGUGAAGGAGAGGCUGGGCACUUUGAAAAACCCUCCAAAGAAAAAGAUGAAAUUAAUGAGGUCGGAGGGGCCAGAUGUUUCUGUAAAGAUUGAAUUAGAUCCCCAGGGAGAGGCAGCACAAAGUGCAAAUGAAUCAAAAAAUGAGUAGGAAUACUGUAGAGUGCCAAUUACUGUACAAACUGGGUGAGCACUACUGCUGUCAUUGCUUGCACCUGACUUCAUUUACUGUGACACUUGUUUCUUUGCAGAAUUUGCAUUGACUUGUGUGUACAGAGGUGAAAAGUGCAUUCUGAAUGUUGCAUAUUUUAAAUUUUUCAUGUGCUGUAUGGCUCGGGAUAUUGUUUGGCCUUUUGCAUGUUUCUCUACAAGAGAAUUGAGUUACCUCACAGAGAACAGAUAACAUGGAAGUGGACUCCUUGCCUGUAGAGCCUGCAUGCUUUUCUUUCCUUUUUUUUUUUUUUUUUUAAGUUAUAUUUACCUUUCUUUAAAAGGAAAAAAAAGCCCCCUUUUAGAAACCACCUCUGUCAUACUGGGAGCUUUUUCAUUGCAAUUGGAAAGCCAUCUUAUAAAAUUAUUCAUAUUUUCUUCUACAAUUCAACUAAUUGAAGGAUUAAACUAAAGAAAAAAACUCUUUAAGAACACUGAACUUUAGAAUGUAAGGAAUUUCGUAAUUCGAUGAUAAAGAAUUAUUUGGGUCAAAUCACAUUUUAGGAUUUUUUUUUCUCACUGUUAAAUUUACUUAACAAGUUAGCAAUCUAUUUAGUGCUCACCCAGAGGGGAAGGAGGUGGGAAAUGUGCACACACUACCUUCAGAAAUGCUAUGGUUAAUUACUUUGUAACACUACCUUUGCUGUAAUUUCGUUUGGGAUUUUCUAAGGGUAGAAUUUGGUCUCACCAACAAGUGAGGAUAUAGCCUUAUUUCAUAGAGGACGAGCUCCGUUCUUACUCAGGAGCAGUCAGGGUACAUUACAUAAAACAGGAGAGGAUGCCUCAUUUUAGCAAACUAAGUUUCUUUAUAUUCUUAAAUCCUUUUACGAAUUUGAUCAUGUUCUAACGACUGAAUGUUGUUGCAGCAACUAGUAAAAAAUAUACGAGAUCUGUUUAUUGGGGAAUGGGAGAAAUGGGAAAAGAAAUGAGUGUAAGUAAUUAUAAUAUUGUGAAAGUGGUAUCUAGAAUUUACAGCCUCAGUAGUCUGCCCAAAUAUCCAUAUGAAUGAAGGAUCCAUGUUUGUGGUGAGAGAAAAAAACACAACCUCAAGGUAACCUAAUAUGAUUUAGGUUGCAUUUCAAUUCUAAUAAUAAUUCAAUCAAUAAUCAAGAUCAUUAGUUUCUUUUUUAACUAAUCCAGAUACUAGUACAGGAGGGGACGAGUUGAUGGUUUUUUAGUUUUUAUUUAAUUCAUUGCUUUGAGUCUUUUUCUUUUUGGCAUCCUAUCUACAUAAUAUCCCCUUUGUAACUUUCUGAUAUUUGCUUAUUUUUUAUGGUUGUGUAGCACACAGUUCAGGACCUUUCAGAUCAUGUUUGUAUAAGCACUCCUUGAAGAACAUCUAAGCUUUUUUUUGAUAUGGGCUUUUAAAAUCAUAGUAAUUAAGUUGGGAACAUUUAUUUUCUACAGUUUUUGGCAAAAAGAACUGAUAAAGCCUAUGAAAUUUAAUUUUGCAUUGUAACCAAAUUAAAAUUACUGUUUGUGUAAAACAAAAUCCAUACAACAUACACCCUAUAUUCUAAUCUACUGAGAAAGAUGGUCUGGACCUUCUAAAUGCUUAACCGAAAACAAAAAAAAUCAUAGUGUUUGUAUAAAAUGAAAUCAAACUUGGAGUAUUAAAUUGAGGCUGAUGAUUUCAGGUGAAUGCUAACAGUUUAAAGAGAAGUAGGUCCAGAUAUUCCCAAGGCAUAAAUUCUUGACUGGAAACAUUGGAGCAGUUAAUUAGGUUAUGGAUAGUUUUCCCUCAGCAACUUAUGUGUUCAAAGGUUAGGCACACCAUUGCUGUUAUUAAAAUACAUGCACUGCUCAUUCUUGAUGUAGCCUGGGCUUGGGUUCCUCUUUUGAUUUGGUUAUUUUGUGUAGCAGUUUAAUCAGUAGAUGACUGAGCCUGUUUUCUCUUAGCUCUCUAGACUUCUCAACAGAAAAAGCAGUUUUGUGUUCAGAGGAGUAUAUGACUCUGCAGUAUUUUCUAGCCUAGCUGGAAGUUGCAAUAAAAAUACUCUAUGAAAUGUAUGGUUUUCAUCUGCAGUUGAAGGAAGUUAAAAGUUUGCUGAAAGCAAAGGGCUAAGCUUAUGAAGAAAUGCCUCCUUUGUUCCACACUCAAUAAUUUGUCACACACAAUUAAUUGUAGUCAUGGUGCCUUUUUGCAUGAUUCUUGGGGUACUCAGUAGCCCAAGAUUGCUACAAAAAGGUCCUUUGAGCAAUUAAUUUGUGCUUGCUUUUUAUCCCCUCUCAGAAAGGUUUCAUUAAAGGCCCAUUUAAAAAUUUGGCCCUAAAAGUUCAACUUUUGUAGAGUUUUACUGUUCAGAGAGGUUUAAUCCUGUGUGGUAGUCUAUAAAGUGACGUAUAAGUUGAGUUAUGUAAAUUUUGUCAUUGUAGUGUACAUGGAGUGAUCUCAUUUUACUAACAUAAAUAUUUUCUAUGUGUGUUUCAGUGGAUGACAAUCGAGCAGCAGAAGAAUGGUGUGCCUACCCUUUAAUGCUGCAGUUUAAAUAAGAGAAUUUGUAUUGUGUCAUUUCAGAUUGUAGGCUGAGAGUUGUAAAUAGUGAAAAUUUGAGUACUUCUAUUAUUUGUUUUGGUUAGAAAGUGAAUUUAAAAAACAAACCAAACUCUAAACUUUCUCAGAUUAAAAGUCCUGAGACCUGAAGAUUGUAAUAUUCAUGUCUGUGAAGCUUUUAAACAUUACACUUGAGAUCAGUCAUGACUUGAUAUUCAGGUAAAUUUUCUUUUCCAAGAAGCUUUGAAUAAGCAUAUUUCCUCCAAAGGUCUCUCUCUCGCUCUUUCUCUCUCUUUCUCUCUCUCUCUCUGUCUCUGUCUCUCUCUUUCUCUGUUUCUUUUUUUAAAGUGUAGAUUAUUUUAAAGCACUAAUUGCAUUACUUUGGUAACUGCAAUAUAAAAUAGCCAUUAUUGUUUUGUGAAGCAUGGUUGAAAUUAGAUAGUGGUCCCUUUUAAACUCCAUGAGCCUCUCAAAAAAAAAAAAAAACCUUUAAAAAAAAUACGGAAAGCUGCUGAAUAUUUCAAAAGAUAUAUAUUUUACCUUAUUGUAGGUUUUGUAAAGUUAGUUUGUAAUAUUCAGGUGCACUUUUAAUGUUAAAUUUUGUGUUCAGAGUUCCAUUAUACCAUGUAUUUCUUGGAGGUGGCUCAUCACAUGGCUGGCUGUCAGUCUUGGUGCCGCAGUGAUCCCUCAAUAUUUGAUUUCUCUCUUGAUUUGCCACUAUUCUGUAUUGGCACUUUCAGUGUAGAUAUUCUAGUUUGGGGAUGUCCUCAUAAGUGUGUAAUAGAGAUUGGUCUAUUCGCAUGCUUAAUUUCUGCUAAUCAGAGUUUUGCAUGGCCAAAACAACAGUUGACCAUUUUUAUGGUAUGGGAAAGUAUAGUUCACAACUGUUUUUGUCACAAAAGCCUUUUCUCCUCUCAUUUUUCAGUAGGCGGAUGAUGACAUACUCAAACUAUAUGAUAUUACUCAAACUAGUGUUUGAGGAGACAUUAUUCAAAAUCAGUUCUUGGCAUUUUUUAUGAGAGAACAUUGACAUUAUAGAUAGAUAAGCUAUGGCACUAUAAAAUAAAAAACACUAAUUCUGUGGAAGGAUACCUAAUUGGUAUUUUUAUCAUUAGCUUUCUCAUUUCUGAGACAGUAGAGUCAUCAAGGUUGACAGUAAUGUAUUAUAUUGCUUUGUUCAGUAGGCUUACAAGUGACUCUGAACUAUGUGAUGAGCUGUACACUUAUUUUUGUUCCCCAAAUACCAUGAAGGACAAGGUCUCUCUUUCAGGAAAAAUAAUUUAUAUUUGUGUGUAAUACUUUUUACUAUUAAGUUUGUUGUUGUUCUGAAGUUUAGGUGUUGCUUGAUGAACCUUUACUGCAGCAGAUCAUGGAUAUGAGUAAGGCUUUGUGUGGUAAUAGGGGUCCUUAUGUGAAAGUAAUUACUAUUCAGUUCUGGUGAGCAAGCUCAACAAGUGUGAAAUGUGUAUUAGCUUGAUUUGGUACACUUUUACUUUACAAUAUUGAAGUGCUUUUAGAAUUCUGGUUAUCUUAUAUAAACCAUUACCUCAACCAAUUGGCAUUUCCAUUCUCCAACAUUUUACCUGAGCUGUAAUAUGAGCUAUAUGGGAUCAGAUAAUAAAACAAUAAGGCACAAUGAGAAGUUUAGUUCCCAAUUUUCUGGAGAGAACUCUAAAUUAGACUAAAAGUAACUACCUGCAAAGGCCCACAUCAUAACUACCUUCUCUCAUUAGGCAGUACACAGCAGCCUGGGAGCGGCUAGUGAGCUGUGUUCUCCCUCUGCCCUGAGUAAGCACAUGGUGCAAGGCCUGUUCUAAGCCUUCGUGAUUCUCUUACAUUUCAUUGACCCAGAAUAGUGAAGUUUAGGUUCAGUUAGGUAUUUUUAUAAAACAAAUUAAUGAGUCAGCCCAAUGUCAGAACCUGAAAUUUUGAGUAGUUCUAACAGAUAUAUGACAGCCGGUGUCAUCAUCUCUGUCUGACAGCUAUUACCCCUGUAGAUUUAAUUUUGAAACCACGUAUUUUUGCUUUUGUAAUUACUCUUUAAAUUCCAGAGGUUGUUUUCAUAUGAACCACCCUUUUCUAUAUAUUCAGGUUGCUGUCAUUGGUAAUAGAAUAUGGCAAUAGACUGAAUUGCUCCACUUAAUCUUUUAUAGGAGACAUUGAAAGUUAUAGGUUCAAUUUUGAUGUUCAUGAAGAUAUCAAAGAUUGUUUUCCUUGUUACCUUUCCAUUACAUUUAGGUCUUCAUUAAUGCUAUGGUCAGGCCAGUGUUAUUAAAAACUUAAUGGCUUUAGCCAAACAGCCCAUUUAGGAGACUAUUAAACUAUAUGAGGAUUUUUAAAAAAUCUAAUUGCUUUCAAACUACUGAAAAGGAAAAAAGUAUAAUUGUGGUAAAAGGAAUGCAGACCUCCAAAGUCGUCUUGGUUGUUUUUGGGGGUUGGGUGGGGGGAUUCAUUCUGUCCUUGAGACUUGAGUAGGAUUUGUGAACAUGGUGACUGAAGAGAAAAUAGAGGAAAUUCUUUGCAUAUCCUCUGUCUCUUAUUCCCAGAUAAUCUCACAGUUGCCUUUUAAAGGAGCAGAUAUUAGCCCUGUAGCUGUGUGCCCUAAGUGUUAUGAAGGAGAUUGGGAGAGAGGGGUGGAAAGUAGGAUGGGCAAGUAUGAAGACUUGAGAAAAGCCUAAAGAUAUUCUGUCCUACAAUACGAAAAAUGAGUCGCAGGAUAGAUAAUGUAGUAAAGUUGGGCCAUCUUCAUGUGAUAGUCAGAAAAAUCUUUCAGAUUGUUUGAAAGUGAGAAUCAAGGCUAAUGGUGAUUUGACAAACAAUAAUGUGAGUUAAUUCUGCAACUACUGGGGGUAAUUUUUAAGGUUUCCAGUUCAUUUAAAGCUAUAUCAGUAAAAGCCGAAAGGCAAGCACUUUUAGUUAAUCAUAGAUUUAUUGGAUGUUGCAGAUAUUAUAAUCAUACUAUUUAAUUUUUAUUGUUUGAAUAUGGAAAUGAACUCUUUACCCCAUCUUGAACUGUCAUUGAACAGACUCAAGAUGAUCUUUUCAACACUGGAAAUGACCCUACACACAUACCAAAAAAAAAAUCGAAAGCAGUAAGACAUAUUUGAAGAUCCAUACCUCUUAGACUUUUUAGAUUUGGGAAAGAAUUUAUAAACCUAUAACCAGUAUUAGUACAGUCUUAGGUUCCUUGUUCUGCAUAAUUGCACCCUUUCUCAGGUAUGUCCUGAAAACAAAUUUUAAAAUAAUCUCUUUAGAGAUUAGAGUCUCAGUGGAUAGUGUGUAAGGGGACUGGGGGCGGGGGGUUGGACACAGGACACUGACACAGGAGAGCAGGGAUUUUUAACAUUCAAUAGCCAAAUAGAUUUUCAGUCUAGACUAUUUUUACCCCCUCAGAAUGAGUGAAACAACAUCUGUUAACAUCUUAUGUGGUAAAUACCUGGUGCUACACUCCUAAAAGUUUUCUUUUAUUCCAGGUGACAUUUUUUUUCCUGCUUGGUGGAAGGGUAUAUAGUAAACUUUACUGUCACUAGAAAAGCACUUGUUUGAAAUGUUUUAAGUACUAGAAAAGGGAUAAUUCAGCACUUUUUCUGUUACAACACUAAAGUCUUAAUUUAUCUUCAGAGUCUUAGGUACUGUAAGUUUUAGGGUGAUUACUUAAAAAUAUAAAACAUACUACAUAAUAUGGAGUCAAAUCACAUUUAUAUACAUCUUGUCUUAUUAAAAAAAAGACUAAUAUUUUGUACCUUUAAAGCAAUUCCAAGUGAUUGCUUCAUUUUUUUCCCAUUUCAUUAAGUAUAUCAGGCUUAAGAAUUGGAAUUUGAGAGGAGGUGAGGGGAUGAUCCCCCAAAAUGAAAAAUUGUGUCAGACCAUUUUAGAAAAAGUAAAUUGCUGGGAAAUUGGGUAGGGAUUCUCUCUCCCUUUAAGUCUUCAGGGAAUGAGCAGUAUUUAGAAUCUUUGGCUGAAAUUCAAGCCUUUUUACUGUGUAAAUUUUUAAUAUUAAUUCACUGACAUGCUUUUUACAUCAGAGGACUGAAAAUGGAUCUUAAUGUUUUUAAGUUGUGGAAGGGUAUAUUUCUAAAAUGAGGGGGGCAUAAUUAACUAGGUUAGUAUACCAGCAUUAGUAAGUUUAAGGAAUUUUAGUAUGUAAUAGCAAAGUGUUUGAUUAAAAGUCUAAUCCUAUAUUGCUAGUCGAAAUUAGUUACAUUCUGAUCUAGGAAAGAUAUAGUCAUUGAUAUGCUGUGCUGUCAGAAAACCAGACUAAGAAACCUUUAUCUGACUCCCACAUGUUGCUUGUUCUGAUGGGAUGUAUACUUUUACCGCAGCUUACUGCUGCUUUGAGAAGAAACGUAUAAACUAUAACAUUUGGAGUGUUUGCAUAUAAUUCGUUAUAACCUCCACUUUAAACUGUCAGACUUUGGUAUUUUAUCAGUCCACACUGUUAAAUAAAACUAAUGUUCUUAGGAAUCCAACUUGUACACACUGUUUAAAAACCCUCAGGGACAGUUUACACACUAUUCUCACUCAAUUCAGGUACUUUGAUGCUAUUCUUAAACCUUAACAGUGACUUCUAUUUUUCUGUUUUGCUUUUAUUUCGACGUGCUGGUAGCACAUCCUUGAUGAAUGUCAACUUAAAAACUCAGUUCAGGUAUCCAGGUAUAACUCAGCCAAACAGAUUUUAAAGCUGCAUAUAACUCUCCAGCACACGGUGCCUCACACUCUUAUAGUGGCAUUCUAUAUAUUCAGUUAUUACUACUGAGCAGAUAAUAUGGGGGUUCCUGUUAACAGUGUAUUUAAAAAACAAUGUGCAUAAAUGUAUAGCUAGCACGUGCAACACACACACACUUAGACUAUAUUUUUAAAUGCCACUAAUAGCCAGCACAAUUAAACAACAUUCCUUGCUGCUUCUGAAGAAUACAGAUGCGGUCCCUUUUUGAUGUGGCUCUUGCUUCUUCACCAUACUACUACUAAAUUCAAGCACUGGUCCUUGGGUGUCUGACCUCUACAUUCUAGUUUAUGCAAUGUCUUUAGAAAAUUCUGUGCACUGGCCACUGUGAUGGAACCAUUGGGCCAGGAGUGCUCUGAGUUUAUUAGUAGUGAUUCUGCCAAAGUUGGUGUUGUAACACGAGUAUGUAAAUGUCAAAACAUUAGCAGAGGUCUGGGUCUGUAUAUCAGCAGACAAUUUUGUCAGUAUAUUUUGUAGCCUUGAAGUCCUCGGUGACAAGUUUCUUCUGAUGCGAAGUUCUAAUUCGAGUAUUUUAGCCCUUUGCAUCUUUAAUGUUAAUACUUGUCUACUAGAGGUCUUUAUUCAUUAAUAUUCCUUUUGUUUUCUACAGUACUAUCUGUGGUUAACAAAAUAGAUUAUUCCUCUGCUUUAAUAUUUGAUAUCUUACAUCUAAAAAGGAAUUCUCCAUAUAUAAAACCCAUAGCCUUUGACAAUAUGGAAAAUGGCAUUCAGAUUUUUAGAAGUUCAAGUGUCAUGCGACAAAACAGGAACCCCCUUUACUCUUAUGGACCUCAUUUCAAUAUACUGUUUACAGUUUAACGGAAUUGUAUAAUUUAAUAUUUCUCUUGUACUGUAGUUUAUAUUUAUUUACAGAUUUUUUUUGUACUGUGUGAUUUGAACUUUUGUUCCUUGCUAUGAUCAAUGUUUAUGUAGUAGAGCACUUAUGAUCACAAAUUAAGUUUUUUGGUUUGAUUGCACUACAUUAAAUUUUUAAUGCAGUUCUGAUUUUUGACUGGACUAAAAUAAGCUGUGUCUUAAUGUAUGUGAUGAGUACUUAAAACUUUAAUCCAUGUGGUUCCCCUUUUUGUUUUUUUUGCAUUGUAUGUCAAAAGCGCUAGUUCUUUCGUGCAUGUGUAAGAUUUAAUGGUUCCAUUGUAUUAUUUGACCAUGACAUUUUGGAGAAACAUUCCCAGCUGUAAUGUUGUGUAUGGUAGUUCUCACUGGAUGCUAGACUUUUCAAAACCACUAUUCUUCUAAUAAAUUUUGUUGUGAAAA